AUGAAUGCGCUCGGCUCUCGUCGCCUUCGCCACGCGCAAGUGUCCCGUGUGGUUACCUUCAGCGCGAGCCACAGGCUCCACAGCAAAUCUCUGAGUAAUGAAGAAAACGUGAAGCUGUUUGGAAAGUGCAACAAUCCGAAUGGCCAUGGGCACAAUUAUAAAGUUGUGGCGACCGUACGUGGAGAGAUUGAUCCUGUUACAGGAAUGGUUAUGAAUUUGACCGACCUCAAAGAGUAUAUGGAGGAAGCAAUCAUGAAGCCCCUUGAUCAUAAGAAUCUGGACCUAGAUGUCCCCUACUUUGCAGAUGUGGUGAGCACGACAGAAAAUGUAGCUGUAUAUAUCUGGGAAAACCUCCAGAAAUUUCUUCCUGUGGGAGUACUUUAUAAAGUAAAAGUGUAUGAAACUGACAAUAAUAUUGUCGUUUAUAAAGGAGAAUAG